AUGGCCAAGAUCAUCCUGUCCGUCAAUGCAGGCUCAUCGUCUGUGAAAAUCACAUUCUUCAAAUCACAGAACCCUCCGUCGCCGAUAGUAGACGCCCAGGUCUCGGGAAUAACGUCGCCGCCGCAGACCCUCAAAUACAGCAAGAGCUCCGGUGGCAAGAAGGAGCAACUGCACGAGAACCUCGAUACCCCGCCCAAAGCAUUCAAUUACUUGUUAGAGCGAUGUCUUUCAGACACAGAGAUCUCGGAGAUAGCCAACGUCGAUGAUUUGGCCUGCAUCUGUCAUAGAAUCGUACAUGGCGGAGACUACGAAGACUCGAUUGUAAUAGACGAUUCAACAUACCAUCAUUUGGAGAAGAUCGAGGACCUGGCACCACUGCAUAACUUCUCAGCUCUCGAAAUUAUUCGCUCAUGUCGACAAGAACUACCCAACGUGAGGAACAUUGCGCAUUUCGACUCGGCGUUCCACCGCAGCUUACCACUGCAUGUCCGAACAUAUCCCAUCGACCAGGAGAUAGCAAAGAAGAAAGGGUUGCGCAAAUACGGAUUCCAUGGCAUUAGCUACUCGUUCAUUCUCCGAACUGUAGCACAAUUCCUUGGCAAGCCUAGAGACCAAACCAAUCUCAUCGUCAUGCACAUAGGGAGUGGAGCAUCAAUCUGUGCUAUUAAGGAUGGGAGGUCUAUAGAUACCUCUAUGGGUUUGACCCCUCUGGCCGGAUUGCCCGGUGCAACUCGAAGCGGCGAUAUCGAUCCAAGUCUUGUAUUUCACUAUACGAGCAAUGCUAGUAGUCUCAGCCCUACAAGCACCAAAGAAAUGCACAUCACCACAGCAGAAGAAAUUCUGAACAAAAAGUCUGGUUGGAAAGGCCUAACAGGCACCACGGACUUUGCGCAAAUAGCGGUUGAGAAUCCACCGACUGAAAACCACAAGCUUGCCUUUGAUAUCGUCGUUGAUAGGAUAUCAGGAUAUGUAGGCAACUACUAUGUCAAACUUCAGGGCAAGCUAGACGCAAUAGUGUUCGCUGGGGGUAUUGGAGAAAAGAGCGCCCUGUUACGACAAGCAGUUAUUCAACAAUGCAGCUGUCUUGGAUUCGACGCUGAUUCGGAGAAGAAUAACAAGGGUGUUGCCAACGAUGAUCCGGUGACCGAUAUAUCAAAGUCGGACAAGGGGCCCCGAAUUUUGAUAUGUCAAACCAAUGAACAGUUUGAGAUGGCCUACCACACUCUCGAGGAGUUGAAGAUGGUUGUAACAUAUAGUUUGAUGUAUGUCUGGCAUGAACUCUUCUGCAUUUAUUGGGUAGAAUCAAGGAUCAAUCAACGUUCAGCAUUGACAUACAUUCAUCCUAUUCCUCCUCAAUAA